UUCAUCUCCAGCCCUCUCAUUACUGGUUUGAUUUUGUUCGGCCGAGCAUAACCCACAUGACGAGGCUGCCAAACCCGGCUCAUGGACUAUGUUGUCCAAGCUGAGCUGAACUCGAACCGUACAAUUUGGGCCUAGGAGCUUUUGAUGGCUCUAGACAAUUCUGAAGAUGGCAAAAUCAGUGUAGGUCCGACCAGUAGUAUGAACCGUCUCGCUGUACGUGCCUCCUCGUUUUUUCCAUUCCUUGUUUUCGCCACCAUUUUCGGAGAAGCAAUACACGACGACAAAGCAGCUCGCCGCGAGCAAAAGCAGAAGGAAUAAACAAUGGAAGCCACCCCAAAACCAUCCUCCCUCAGAUGGAAGAUCCUUCGCCAAGCUCUUCUUCGUAAAUCUGAUGAGCAGUCUCAAACAGGAAUUAAGCGCAUUUCGAGGAAGACAGCUCAAGGAUUCAACUUGAUUCCAUGUCAGCUUGUGGACACCGUUCCUUCUUCGUUUUCUUCGAGAUUGGAGAGUUCUAAAGACGCCUGUUUUUGUUACACUUUACCCACUGAUGGAUCCCCCAAGCUUUACCUGACGCAAAGAGUUGAUAAUUGUGCGGAGCUCAGGGAUUUCGAGGCCUGUAAUCAAUACAAUAUUGACAACACUGGACUUGUCUGUCAGUGGCCUUCAGAAGGUGUCCUUGCUUACUUUUGCAUGUCACAUGCAGAAUUAUUCAGGUCAGUGAGGUCUAAACGAAUAAUUGAGCUUGGAUCAGGAUAUGGAUUAGCUGGAAUAGUUAUUGCUGCUGCCACUGAGGCAUUACAAGUUACAAUCUCAGAUGGAAAUCCUCAAGUAGUUGAUUAUAUUCAGCAUAAUAUAAAUGUCAAUUCUGGGGCCUUUGGUGCCACAAGAGUGAUGGCAAUGACAUUGCACUGGAAUCAGGAAGAAAUUUCAAAUAUCUCUAACAGUUUUGAUGUCAUUGUGGCAAGUGACUGCAUAUUUUUCAAGGAAUUUCACAAAAGCCUUGCUAGAAUCAUCAAAAUCUUGCUGAAAGAUGCGGGACCCUCUGAAGCCAUAUUUUUCAGCCCCAAAAGAGGUGACUCAUUAGACAAGUUUCUUGUAGAAGCUAAAGAAAAUGGGUUGCGGGUCAGUAUAACAGAGCUCUAUGACGUGGAAAUUUGGAGGCGUCAUGAGGGUUUCAUGAACGGUGAUGACUCCUGGCCCAGCUAUGAGAAGGAUCACUGUUACCCUUUAUUAAUCAGAAUUACGCGGUGACCCUUUGGUGGCUCUUAUCUCUUUAAUCAUCUGCAAGUAACUGAAGUAUACAGAUUUCACAUCUGGGAGAUCUUUCGUUUACUAUUCACCUUGGGAGGAAACUUGAGAUUGAAUGAAAAUCUGGAGCAACUUGAUAUCUCAACAAAACUAUCAUAGCUUGCAUUAUGUUUACUAUUAAAUUCAUUAAAAAUGUAAUUUGAAAUGUGCAUUUAAUGAAUUUAAGGGUAAAGAGAUAUACAAAUUAUGAUGACUUGAUACUAUCUAUAAGAUUUGAUUAUCGAGCAGCCAAUAUAAAUGGCUGGCAGGAACGAUUGACUAGCCUUAGUUCCAUAACAUAGAAAUUCUCAUGUACAGAAAUGCCCUGGAUACUCUUGUAAAGCUUCUCUCUGUUGGCAGUACCAAUACGUAAUGUAGGUCCUGCCGAUCAGUGGUUGCUUUCUCUGAUUGAUCUAAAUUUAUUCUUGAUUUCC